GUGAGGAUACGUUAAAGAUAGCUAUGUACCUAUAAUUUGGAUAAAUAAACAUUAUUAUUUGAUUAUUAAAGCAGGCCCCCAAACUAGAAUUAGCCCAGGGCCCGCUAACUGUCGACUCACACCAUCAAAAGAUCAAAUCACUCGAGUUUUUGUACUAUGCGAGGCAACUACCUAAUUAGGUACUAAUGAGAAUCAAUUAUUGCUCCGCUUGCAUUAAAUUUAAGAAUAUUUCACAAUAUAUGUCCAAUAGCACGUAAUAAUUGCCUUAAUAAAAAGUGCCAUCUGCUUCGACGUUCAGUAUUCAACAAAAAUGGAUGUGAACUGGUACCAAAAUGGGACUGAAAAACCUAAUGGAUUUGUGAAAGGAUUUGGACGGAUGUUCUACAUUGUUGAUCCAAAGGACACAUUUUUUGAAAAUGAAAAGGAUGUACCCAACUUUUAUGUGCAGUCCUGGCCGUACUUCCUAAUAUUUAUGAUACUGGAGCAUAUAGUUUUAAAAUUAGAAGGAAAGAAAGGCCUUCGUCUGAACGAAAGUAUUACUAGUGUUUCGAAUGGAAUAUUCUUGGAAGGAGGGAGGUUAAUAUGGCGGGGCGCGGAAUCUUACAUGUAUACUUGGAUCUAUACGAACUGGCGACUGGUAGAAUUACCGUGGGACAGCACUUCCACUUGGAUACUUGCAGCAAUAGGAGUAGACUUCUGUUAUUAUUGGAUGCACAGAGCUUGUCAUGAGGUCCAUAUCCUAUGGGCUCAGCACCAGGUCCACCACACGUCUGAAGACUUCAACAUGGGUGUCGGCAUCCGACAGUCCAUGCUGCAGGGCUGGUGCGGUUUUCUCGUGUAUCUACCACUGGCCCUGGCAAUCCCACCUGCACAAUUCGUGAUGCACCACCAGUUUAGCUAUUUAUAUAUGUUCUGGAUCCACACGGAGUCCAUCAAGACCCUCGGACCUCUGGAGUAUAUCCUGAACACGCCCAGCCAUCACCGAAUUCAUCACGGCAGCAACCCAUACUGCAUUGACGUAAAUUAUGGAGGCGUGUUGAUUAUUUGGGACAAGCUCUUCGGCACGUUCCGCGGCGAGAAGGAAGGAGACCGUAUAGUCUACGGACUCAUUUUCCAACAACCAUCGUUCAAUCCUCUACAUUUGCAGACGUUCUACACUAAAUACGUGGUUAACAGCUUUAAGAGUUACGACAAAUGGUCGCAUAAAGUGCGAGCGGUUUUCGACAGGCCUAGUUGGAAGCCUGUACCCUACGUGCGUUUCAAAGACAUGCCAGAAGAUCCCGCCAUCCACACGCGGCCCAAAUAUGACGUCACCUUACCCAGAUGGUGCACUGGAUAUUUACUUAUUCACUACACUGCUGUCUUGUACGGAUUCUACCAAGUUUUCCUGCGGCACUUGGAACUACCUUCAUCUACACUUUUCAUCCUAGUGCUGUACAUAUUAGCAUCUCUAACCGUCUUCGGAAUGAUUCUAGACGCUUCACCAAAAGCGCCCUACUACGAAACUCUACGAUGUCUCUCGUUCUUGACUCUUGCUAACUGGUUUAGUCCGAUUUUGGCCGUCAAUGUUAUGAUAAAAUUUAUGUAUUUAAUGUCAGGAAUGUUUUGGUUUAUAUUCGUUUGUAAUAGUAAGGAAAUUCAACCUUAUUGAAUUAAAAGUUAUUUAAAAUUAAGUGUAAGAGAAGAUUUCGGCAUAAUUGUGUCGACUGGCGAGAAGUAAUCGUCUCUCAUCAACCAAUGCUAUCUGGACCCUACUCCACUUACCAUUAGGUACAAUUUACCAUGCCCGUCUAAUAUAUGUAACA